UUAAGUAAAUCAAUUCCAAUUUUAAAUUCUUCAAAAAGGAAUAAAGAAACAACAAACACUUUUGAUUGUGAUAUUGAUAUUUCUCAUCAAGAAUCAUCUGAAUUUUUUGGUAAAGAUGUAACGCAAAAGUUAUCUAGUAUAACAACUGUAUGUGAAAGUCCAAAGCAAAUGCCAUUUUCAUUUUCAAGUUUUUCAAGUGAAGAUACAACUUUUAUAUGUGAAAGUCCAAAGCAAAUGUUAUUUUCAGCAUUUUCAAGUAAAGAUACAGCUAUUAUUUGUGAAAGUCCAAAACAAAUGUCUUUAAGUGAAAAUCCAAGACAAAUGUCUUAUUCAAAUAAAAAUACAACACUUACAUAUGAAAGUCCAAGAAAAAUGUCAUGGAGUAAAAGUACAUCACGAAAAUCAUCUAUAGAAAGUAAUACAAAACGAUGCUCUUGGAAUGAUGAAGCAGAUAUAUAUUUAUUAUUAUAUUUAGAACAAAACAAAGAUAAAAUUGAAAAAUUAAAUAAUCCUCAUAGUGGUGUAAAAGUAGAACUUUGGUCUAGUGCCUCUAAAUGGAUGUUUGACUAUGGUUAUAAUUAUUCACCAAAUCAGUGUUUUAAUAGAUGGAAGAAUACUAAGCGAAAUUAUAAAAAUGGUAUUUUAAAUGAAGAAAAAGAUUCAGUUAAGUAUAAAUCAAUAGAAAGAAUUCUUAAUCAUAUAUAAUAUAUUUUUAAAUAAAAAAUU